UGAUGAAUCAGAGUUGCAGUUUGCAAUGGAGGAGAUAUCUGAGCACUGUGCUAGCAACCCCAUGCAAGUAACCGGCAAAUCUAAAGUUCGUAAACUUCCAAGAUUAGAAAAAAGGAUUCAAUAUAAAUUACAGAAAGAGCGUGUAUACCGCCCUGCAGUUGAGAUUACUCCGCUGUGCUUUGUACCAGGUGCUACAUUUGAUAAAUAUCUUGGCAAUAUUAACCUUUAUUAUAUUAGAGAAAGUACAUCAGUCAGAGAGGUUGGUGGUGUUAGUGGUUUCAUGCACAGUUUCGUUUCAGAAGUUCAAGCCAUGGUCAGGUCACAUGUCUUAGCAUUGGGUGGUAAUGCGAUAGUAGCUUAUGAUAUGAUCGAAUGUGUAUUGAUGGAUAACCCACACAAAAAUCAGUGCCAGUGUCUAAUCAACGUUACAGGAGAUGCAGUACGUGUGAUGUAUGAUAUUGAUUUACCAUCGUUCACUGAAAAAGUACAUACAGAAAACACCAAUAAUAGUGAUAUACCAAAAGAAAAAUAGAGACACACAAGCAUUUACUCCAUGUUUAAAUUCUAUACUAUAUUCCACACUGUCUAAUAUAAUACUGCUUAUGUAACGUGACUUUCAUCUCUCUUAAAUAAUAAAUUCACAUUGUAUUUAAAAUA